AGGAAUCAGCUUCGAAUAUGACGAUUCCAGCAGUGAAAAUCAUCACCCCUCUACCCCCCAUCGAUCCCAAAAAUACGAUGAUCACGUCAUUUCCACCCAUAAAACAGAGCUAUGUUGAAAGUCCGAACAAAAUGGAAUUGGCCAAGUCAAGUUCACAGAAAGAAGAUCCGUGGGAGCCAGCAUAUAACGAGUGUAAACACAUAUUUGGUACCUUUAUUCUACCAAGUAUGCUACAUCUGUCAGCUUACUUCAUUGGGUUUUACUUGUACCGUAUUAGAGAGCACGAAGGAUUGUAUGUUCUUAUGGAAAAGGUACCAGAUGUAACUAUUUAAUAAUUAUUGGAUGAAGUUGAGGGCGCCAUGGAAAAUUUCUGUAGGUCAAUAACCAAUCAGAACAGACGUUGUGUUAGUAAUGCGUAACAAUAGCAUGCAAUUGUCCUGCAGAAUGGGGUGUCUACUAGCUGCAAAGGGCUUGCAAUUUUGUUAUACUCAAUGCACUAUAGAGCAAAUAUGAAUAAUCUUCAACGGUCAGUGUGGGUAUAGUGUCAAUAAUAGGAAAUCUUCGGAUUGAUAAGGAUACAACUGCCUGCAUGAAGGGCCUUCGACAUUUGAGCGAAGGCCCUUCGUCGGGAAGUUAGUUGCAGGGGUCGGGAAUUACAUGAGCUUUUAUAUACUAGUGAAUAUAUAAAAGCGAUCACGUGACAAAAAAUAAACCAUUCAGAUGGAUUUAGCAGUUUCAAACAAGACAAAGCAUGCAACGACGUACAAUUGAACAUCCUAGCUGUUAUGCAUUUGAUAUCCACUGAUAAAAUUAGUAGAGACCCUAAUUCUUAUCCCGGAAUGACAUGGUUCCUGCAAUGACAAAUUAAGUUCUUUCAGAGUAAUGAAACCAGGACAGACCGACAGACAUUAGGACUCGCACGAAUCCGAAGGAUGCAGUUCUUUUUAUCAGGUCUUUAAAGGCCAUUAAUGCAUGAUGAUUGCAUGCAUUCUCGUUUUAUCAAAUUCCGUGGAAAUCAUAUAUAAUUAUUUGAAAACCGUUCAUACAGUAUAUAUGUUCAUCCCCAUGUUUUUAUAUUAUCGGAUAGAAAAGUGCUUUCAACCGAUUGGUCAAUUUCAGUUCCUGUUAUAGUUGUACAAAAAGCCUAGAAAAUAUUACGCCUUGGCGGUUAAUCGAGUAUUAACAGUAGCUACUUUUCUAUUUUCACCGAAUUCCAUAUAUUAACGUAGUUUUACACAUUUUUAUUUUUAGGUUUUUCUGCAGAGCACAAAACAGAAACGUUUACAUGUGACUUUAUGGUACUUUGUUUAAUUUCAUAUAUUUAAGUUGUUUUUAAAACAUGAGAAGGAGACAGUGUUUUAUCGUAUUUAAAACGCGAGGCGCAGCCGAGCGUUUUAGAUAUGAUAAAACGCGAGUUCGAGUGUUUUGAAUAGCUUAAAAUACGACUACAAAAGAAUACUAAAUAGGAUGAACAAAAAUAUAAUCAUACUAAUUAGGAUGAACAAUUAUAUAAAGAAUACUAAUGAAGAUGAGUUUUAUCAGAUAUAAAGUCACUCCACGUGACAUAUUAUGACUGACAUGAUUUGCCACAAGGUUUAUGAAUUUUUAAUGAGUAUUUUAAAUAUAUAUAGUAUAAUUAUAAAAAAUCGGACUAUCAAUUGAACAUAGUAAAUAAUUACAGAGUACAAGAUAUUUGUGUUUACAUUAAUUUUAAAAGCCACUCAGCUUUCUCCAACGUAACGUACGCCAACGGUGGGUUACUUUUUGCAUUUAAACGUUCGACUCGCAAUUAACAGUGCAUGACUGUGAUUGGAGAAUAAAACAUUUGAGAUGUAUAAUGACAAAUUGAUAAUUUACAUAAUUUAUUUAGCAAAAAAACCCGGAAGAAAUUGAGUUGGUCUAAGAGAGGUCCUGAUUUUUCUGAGCUGUUAACAUUUACUUUGUUAUAUUAAUUUUUAGGUGUUUUGUAAUACUUGGUAUCGUGUGGUUACUUCUUGAUAUGGGUGUCUUUGUUCUUUACAUUUUUGUAUUUGGACCUGAGACAGUGACAGGAUUUCGCCAGAGUAAAUUGUAAGAAAGUGUCGGAAAUAUGAAUUACAUACUGUAUACAUGCAAGUCCGUUGUGCUUUACGCGCUUAUGGAGGUCGAGAUUUUUUGUGGCCGUUUUGACUUUGAAAGGACAACUUUAAUAUAAUUAGCUAUAUAUACUAUGAGUUUGUGUUAUAAGUGGUUGAUUUAUACAUUUUGGUUCAAGGCUUAGAUUUUAGGGUAAGGAUGAUUGUCAGGAUUUAAUUAAAAUUUAAAUUCGGGCUUUUAAAUAGACUAUAGCUACAAAGUUGAAACAAGUGUGGCAUUAGUAAAGUGUCAUCAUGCGAUCUGCAACGCCAUACACCCCCUCCCCAAAAAUUUAGAUACGCACACGGAACUUCAGUUCGAGACACUCUGGGAAAAUCUGCUCUUUUCCGUGUAAGUCGUGCCUAGAUCGGCCCGUGCGAUUCUCGUUGAAAACUUAUUUGUAUUUCAGAGGGUUGGUGGUGACCGCGUUUCUAAUGGGUUGUGGGCAACUUGUUCUGGAUCUGGUAAAUGUCGUAAUUAUUCUAAAUUAUGCUGCGCAGUGUCAACUUGUCAUACACUACAUCAGAGGUAUCACGCGAAGAAUUGAAGAGAAAUCCACACACCUUCAAAGUAUUAUGAAGGUAUAUUAUGCUAAAAAAAUUCGUUUCGGAUUUUUCGUUUUUAACCGUUAAUUUGUUUCAGCAACCGUCGAGAUUCGAUCAAUCCUGAUUAUUAAGAAAAAUAAUUGUUCCGUAGAUUGCGAAGAGUACAUGCACAGUUGCAUUUAAACAAUAUUUUCAGCCAGCGAAUUCCGUGUGAAACCAAUUAUAUAAUAUAAUAUGAAUAUAUUACUACUUGCUUUCUACUUGCAUGUCAACUGGAACUGAACAAGAAUCGAGUGCCAGGCUCUGCAAGGACAAAGAUGAACCUUUUAUACCUGUAACUCAUCGCACUAGUUAUUAGAGACCUUACGAUUCUAGGACGGCAACGCGACGGCAACGGCUACCAAUACAAUAGAUCAUUGAAAAGCAUUGAGUAAUUACAAUAUAUGAAUAAUUUAGACAUUGUCCUCGCUCUGUUUACAACGCCAAAUCACAUAUUUUAACGUAUUCCAAGCCACACAUUUCACUGCAUUCCAAGCCACAACAAGUGCAACUUCAAACUGGGUUUAGCAGAACUCUUCCCAACCAUAAAACUCAUGUCUUCAACUUCUAAGACUGUAUUAAAUUCAUGCUAUUGAUAAUAUACGACGAACUAUAUGAACUACCAUUUAUUCGAAGGAGUUUGUUUUGGCCGUCGCCGUCACGUUGCUGUCCUAAAAUCGUAAGGUUUCUAUUAUCCCCGAGCCAACGACGCGGAGCGGCGUUCCGGGCGUAAGCAAGGGGCGAGGGUACUAAUUCCGCACGGCUAUUUACACCCAGGGAAAGGAACGCACUAGCGAAAUCUAAAGUUCAUCAAUAAUCGCGGGCGCAUAUGGCCAUGGUUCACCGUUCAUGGGUGGUCAUCCUCACAGAUCUCAAAAUAUGUAGUGGACUGUCAUGAAUAGCGAACACUGAUUGGUCAAAUUUGAAAUUUGCAUUAUAACGACUACAUGACGACAGCGAAUUAAAUAACAAACAUUUCUUGCAAAUAUAUUGUAUUUUUUCAACAUUUUGUAAAUUUCAAAACCUUUUUGAGAAAGAAAGCCCAAAAACGUCGCCGACGUUAAUGAAGGUAAGUUUGUUUUUAAUAUUGCUGUAUUGUUUGGCGCUUUAAUUGCUUUAAAAACGCUAUGAUACGAAAAAUAAAAGAAAAAAGACAGCCUAUAGUUUCAGUAAGGCGAGGGUAUUAGUAUUAAUUAUUUUUUUGCUAGUAUUGUUGUUGUUGUCGUCGUCUUUGUUAUUGUUAUUGCUAUUGUUAUUGUAGUAUCAUUGUUGUUGUCAUUGUCUAGGAUAUCUUGGAUGUAAAGAACACUUUAGAACGAAUGAAUUCCUUGCUGUCUUACAUGGUUUCACUAUGCAUAUUCACGCUUCUGGAAAGUGCUGUCAUAGGUACCAUAUGAUGUUAAUACCGCUCAUCAUCUUGUAGUUAUGAAUAGUUAUUAUUCAGGGUUUCUUACAAUUUUAUGGGCUACAAAAGCGGCCGAAAACCUAUAGAAUUCCUUUAUGUAAUUAUUUAUUAACAAUGAAUAAAAGGGUCCAGCAAAUCACUUUUAUACCACACAUAUUUUAUGAAAUUUUAUUAGCUAGCGUUUCUUUAUGUAUGUGUGGUACAAAAAUUAUUUGCUGGCCUCUUUUAUUCAUUUAUAAACUAAGAUUUUCGCCUGGUGUAUCAAUAGCUACAAUAUUUAUUAACACUCAUCCCCGUUGCAGGCGUAAGCCUGGGGCGAGGAUACUAAUUCCGCUCGGCUAUUUACACCCGGGAAAAGGAAAGCAUUAGCGACGUCUAAACGUCGUCAACAAUCGCGGGCGCGUGACUAUGGUUCAUGGGUGUCAUCUCAUUGUCGUCACUGAUCUCAAAAAUAUGGCUGUUUGCCAGGGGUGAAGGAGGCAAAAAUUUAAAAAACAUGUAAGAAAGCUUGGAAUAUCGUUUCACAUAAUAACGUAAACAUUAAUUAAGAAUUGAUUUAUAGUAUGAGAAAUCCUAAAGUUAUAAGGCAAGAUUCUUUCUGCUGUUUAUGUACGACUUUGACUUAGUAGACUUUGUUUUUGUUGUUCAAGUCUUUCUUAUGCUUUGUAUGCGAAAGUUUCUUAAAUUAGCUUGUUUAAAUUUUUGUCGAAGCUCGUAUAAUAAAAGGGAAAGAAAAUUAUUUUAGUUAGCGUCCGGUAUGAUUUAAAUUUAUUUCAUUUCAAAGCGCGAGUAAUAAGUUAAAGAGUUUAUCGGCAAAAAGCUGUUAAUUUCAAUUAAAAAAAGACUGAGUUAAUUCGUGUUGAAUUUUACAUUAAAACUAGGAGUUACUAUCGCAAGGAAAAUGCUGCCGGUAUGUACAUGUAGGAUGUGCUACAAAAAGAGCGUUUUUCACUGUAUGUAUGAUUUAUUGUCUUACACAUCGUCGUUCCUCAGUUACCUUCGUACAAUUAUAUCUUACAUCUAAUCUUAUGAAAAGUAUAUUUUAAUAUACUUAACAGUGCGACUUUGAUAGUUGACACAUAAUAUAAAUGAUAAAAUGUGAAUAUUAUUGAAUGAUUUUGUCACUCGUACAACUUUUAAUUUUGCUAUUCAAACAAUUGAUUUAAAAUAGUUGAAUUUAUACUUACUGGGAUGUUAUUGCUUAUUGGGAUGUUGAAAUUAUGUUUGUUUUAAAUACAUUUAAUUGAUAUUCCAUAAAUUCAUUUUGUAUGAUUUCAUUGACCUUGACGUUGUUCAAAAUCAUUUUGUAUUGUAUUGAAACUGUAUGUCUAUGACCUAUGUUAUGUACUAUAUUAACCCAUUGAGUCGCAUUGCACCCUGAUGCACCCUACUUUGAACAGUAUUUUACUCUGUCUAACGCCAGACGAUUUUACUCGUCAAGGGGAGAGUGCUGGCGCUUAAUGGGUUAACUGAUCUAUCUGCCCAUGUGUCUAGUUAACCCAUUGGGUCGCAUUGCACCCUGAUGCACCCUACUUUGAACAGUAUUUUACUCUGUCUAACGCCCGACGAUUUUACUCGUCAAGGGGAGAGUGCUGGCGCUUAAUGGGUUAACUGAUCUAUCUGCCCAUGCGUCUAGUUAACCCAUUGGGUCGCAUUGCACCCUGAUGCACCCUACUUUAGUACUUUACUCUGUCUAACGCCAGAGUAUUUUACUCUGUCUAACGCCAGACGAUUUUACUCGUCAAGGGGAGAGCGCUGGCGCUUAAUGGGUUAACACGCCCAAAAUCUGUACUAAAACUGCUAAUUCUGUUUUGUGAUUGGCACAGUUUAAUCAAAGAAUCCUCCCGUUGAACCAGAGCCUUCACGAUAUUUCAAUUUAUUAUUAACUGAAGGCUCUGGAAUCCAGGAUAGCUUGCCAUUGAAUACAGUGCAAUGCUUAUAUUUCUGAAUGAAUAAGAUCAUACUCAGAACAGUCAGAACUGCAAAACUAUAUUGUUAGAAAGAAGUUGAAGUUGUGAGCAUUAUUGUGGUAACACAGCCAUAUGUAUAUAUCAAUGUAUGUCAGUAGAAUCAUGUUUAUAGGCUUUAUAUAUAACUGAGGCAGUCUUAUACAAGUCAUAUCUUAUACAAAAGUCAGUUGAUAUGCUAUAUUACAUGUAAUUGCUGAUAAGUCCAUAUAUGCAGACAACAAUCCACACUGGGUAGCUCUAGGAAUCUUGUUAAGCCUGAUUUAACAACAUCCCGCGUUUGUUUUUAAACUAUAAACAUCUAGAAAUAGAACGUACCGAACACUAUUAUAUACUCACCGCCUUUGGCUUUGCACAUAUUAAGUGACAUAACAAACAAAUAAACUAAAAGUUCAUUUGUUUCUUGUAUCUGCAUUACUGUCGAUUUGGUCGGGAAUAGAUCAGUGAUUCAGUGGGUAUUAUAUUUGCCGAUAUAUUCUUGAAAUCAUAUUGUUUCAAUGCCUCUAUAUCGAAGUUUAAUACACUAAAGUGACUAAACAAGUAUAAACAGCAGAUUUAAAUAUAAAUGCCUUCAUGUAUUAUAAAAUAUAUCACCAGACAGGUAGACAGGGCACACGGCACGACUACAUCACUAUACGAGAACGAAAUAAAGCCAUCCUUACCUGAAUUAUUCAAAAUAUUGUCGAUCAUUCUUGCGCCAGAGACACAAAAUAACACCGUGCUUUAUUUACCCAUUCAUCUUCACAAAUAUUACUCGGAAUUUUUAUGGAAAUUCGCAUUAUUUUAUGAUUUUUAUAUUUCUGUCCGUUUAUAACAGUCGCCAUGUUGUGAACAAACCCCCCCGGGAACAAAAAAAUAAUAUCAAAACAGCUAGUUUUGGCCCGUCCGUGGAUGACAAAAUGACAUAAAUCGAGAUUGUAGCGGCUAUAAACUCGGCGGUCACGUGGUAAGCACACCACGUGUAGAGAUUAGUGUGCUGCCUCGCUACGCUCGGCAGCAAUAAAGCCCAUAGAAUGCAAAAUAACAUCAAAGUGCUAAAUUAAAAGUGUUCAAGUUUCAUUUAUUUUUUGCAGUUUUGUACAAAAAAUUAAAAAACAAUUAUCGUGUUGCCUUCGCCAACAUGACGUGAGCAACGCGAGCCUGCGUUCAGUGUUGGCGUAAUUACGAAUACUUCAUGUUGAAACAAUGUUUGGAAAAUAUAGGCGGGGGUUUGUUGCAUGCAUCAGCGUGCAGGUAUUUCUAGUAUAUAGAUAUAUAUUUAUAUUUCGUUGUAAUUUUUUCAGGUAUGAUUUACAUAUUCAUGAAUGAGGGUCAGCAAUCAGUUGAAGUCACUUUGUACAGAGCAUCCAAUGUUUUUAUAUGCUUUCUGGGAUUGUUUUUCCCGGUCAUGCAGGUAAGUUUGUAAUAGCCUGCUCCGCAGUAAGUUGGCUGUUACAGUGUCAUACACCUUAUUUUGAUGAUAAGCGGUAUAUAUAUGUAGUAUUGGUCUGAUGCUAUAUCGAUAUACUGUAGUUAUUAUUAUAUACGAUUCCAUGUUCGCUGUUUCACGUUUGUUGCUUGUUGCAUAUAUUUGUUUGUUGUUAUAUUGAAUGUUUCUUGUUUGCUUUUCAGUGUUGAAGUUGGUUAUUUGUUAUUUCAAGUUUGUUUGUUUGUAAUUAUUUUGCGCUUUGAUUUUUCAAAAUUUGCUGUUUGUUGUUUGUUUUUUUGCUGUUCCAGUUUGCUGGUUUUUGUUUCCACGAGGUACAUGCAUGCUUACAGAAUGGUUAGCACACUGUUUUCUGCAUGCUGUUUGCAUGCUGUUGGAUGCUAUUUGUACGCUGUUUAUAGAUUUUGUUGUAACGUGUGUGGAGGCUGUUUGCAAACUGUUUCCAAGUCAGAACGCGCAGGUGAACUGGAUGAAGUGCAUGGUUGACUUAAUAUAGCAAUAUUGACUGAGAUUAUUGAGACUUGAAACAUACUUUAGGCAGGCAAUGAAGUUUUAUUUAAAAAAAAAAAAUAAUGCCAAAAUGUGUUUUUGUCUAUCUAGGCAGCAAGAGUUACAAGUCUAACAUCGCAAUUCAAACAGAUUUCACUUGAUGUGCGGGUAUUUGGCCACCAAACUAGCUCUCAACUCGAGCUUGAUUCUUUCCUUGGUUUUGUUCAAAGUGCAGAUUUGAAGGUAAAUCAUCGGUAUACAUGUAAUGCUACACCUGUAGUUAUUAAAGAAACAUAUGCACGUGUGUUCGGUUAUUCCAAAGCUGGUUAUCUAACGUAGGUUGGUCUAAACGUCGUAGCAAACUUUCUGGAUAGCUCUAUGCGAUUUAAACUCCUCCUCCUCCUAGAGAUCCAGUAAGGCCAAUAUAAUAUAAAUAAUCCUGCAUUCUCAUUGGCUACUUGACCGAUGCCUAUUCCUGAAUGACAUAUCCUCCAAGUUUCAAAUCGCUGCUUUUAGAAGAAGUCAACUGUUAUAGUUGACACUUAAUUUUGCUAACAAUUGUCCAAAAUAUAUUGAUAUCGCAAAUACAUUGAUCGCUCUAUACAGUAUAAAGACAGUUGUGUUCGCCAACAACACGUCAAGUUAUAUUAAACAAAAGAUACAAAGUAUAGAGAGUUUCCACCGGUUAUAUGGGAGACAAAAUGAAACUAUGCUUAUAUGCAUGACUGUCAAUAUCUCCAAUGUCUCGAAACUAUAUAAUUAUGGAAAACCAUUCGCGCGUGUAUAGCGCCCGUCCUUUUUAAACUUGUGGAGCUGAUAUAGGCUUAUUUGUGUCACGAAAAUAUUUGCUUUGCAAUAAGAGAAGAUUUGGAAGGAAACGUUAUUCCUAAUCUAAAACUGAAUAUUUUUAUCAACGUUACUUUGGGAAAGUUUUGUAGCUAGCUGCUGUAAGACAUGAGCCUGGUUAGCCGGGCUGGCCCGUCUCGUAUAAACAACCCUUAAUCAAUCUCGUACCCAGAGCAAUGCCUGUGCGCGGGCGAGGAAGGCAUUGGCCCGGGUAAAGACCUACCUAAAAUGAUCAUGUUUUGUGAUUGGCUUUCAGAAGCAAAAAGAUCAUUGUUCGUGACUUGUUCUUUAGAAAGACGAUUUCGAUAGUUUUAUUGUCUUUCAUUGUUAUAAUCAACCAACCACGAGCGUGGAUAGUAUAGGUAGAUGAUGACUCUAUUUGUAGGCUUUUAGCCAAUGAAAAACGGGAACACAGUACAAUAAAAAUGAAUUAAAAUAAUUUGAAAUUUGGUCGCCAAACAUGAUAAAUAAUAUCAAGUUACAUUAUUGCAUGUCAUAUUUAAAUGUGUAUAUAUUUCUCUUAUAGGCGAAGCUAUUCCUUGCUCCUGUCCGAGGUAGCUUCCUAUCUGGUCUGACACUGGUUCUCGUCUUUACUUUACUCUGUCUAAUGCAUACAGGUCAAAUUGCUUCUAGGACUAAAUUAUUCUAGGAAACCUGAAAAUAUUUAGCUAAUUUUGUUAUUUUGUACAUAUUGAUUAUAGGUAAAAUAAAUUAAAGCCUGUACUCAGUUUAGUUACAAUAAAUUAUGGCUGAUAAAGGUCAAUAUCAGUUUAUAACAAUGGCUAUUUUUGAAAAUUGGCUAUUGCCAGGGGCGCCGCUGCUCUAUGCUUACGGGGGCACGCACGCAUGGGCAGUCGUGUGCCCUACGUAUAUUUCAAACA